CGCAGCCGGUUUGGGUUCAGUGUAGGGAGUAGCUCCGCCUUCAUAUCACAAAGCGGUGUAUAGCCAUGAACAAGAAUCACAUUCUUUUAACAGAGCUCGACUGUCUGACAUGACAAUUACUUCAUUCACCAUAUGUAGCCUAAUGGUUCACAUGCCUAUUUGAAAUCCAUGAAGUCUGCCAACACAGUAAGGAAACAGAUUUAGCCUACUUCUGGACUAGUCUGCAUGAUCUCCAAACGGAAUACUAAGCAACUGUUUGAAGUUGUUACAUCUUGAGAACAGCAACAGUCGAUCAUUGCAGCAGUCCACGAAUUGGUUGAAUUCGCUUACGCCUCGUGUUGUGACACGCGCCACCACCGUGAUCAUUUCUUCUCCUUGACUUCACAUAAACUACCACGACGGAAAGGCCAGCCAUGGUGAACAGCCGGGUGGAGGCAUCAGCCGUGGCGGUGACAGGCGGCAGCUCGUCAGGCAGGUCCUGCGCAGGCUGCGGCGGGCGCAUCGCUGACCGCUUCCUACUCUUCUCCAUGGAGCGCUACUGGCACACGCGCUGCCUCAAGUGCUCCUGCUGCCACGCCCAGCUGGGUGAGAUCGGCACCACCUGCUACAGCAAAGGGGGCAUGAUCCUCUGCAAGAACGACUACAUCAGGCUGUUCGGGCACAGCGGGGCAUGCAGCGCCUGUGGCCAGUCCAUCCCUGCCAGUGAGAUGGUGAUGCGGGCACAGGGCAACGUGUACCACCUCAAGUGUUUCACCUGUGCCACCUGUAGGAACCGGCUAGUGCCGGGCGACCGCUUCCACUACGUUAAUGGCACCAUCUUCUGUGAGCACGACAGGCCAGGGGGCGCUCUACUCCGCAGUCACCUGACCCCACUGCAGGGGAACGGCAUGAUGCCUGACCAGAAGGUGUGCUGAAAGAUGGAUGACAAAGCAACGUGUGCCUUUUCCCCCACCUCCUGCUCUUCCUCCUCCAUCUUUAAGUUUGUCCUACACCAGCCAUCCCUUUCUUCAGAUAUUCCAAAAUCCAUUCUCCGGAUACUGCUGCCAGUGGCUUUCUAAACAACACGUCAUUCCCAACAGAAUCAUAUUUCUUCUGUUCAUAGAGAAUCAUGUUCUCAACCUUCAAGGGGAAGAUGCUGAGGAGGGAAAGACUAUUGAUGAGGAUGAUUUAUACUGUCAAGCCAAGUCAGUGUCCAUUUCUGGUAAGGCCAAUGGUGACUGACUUGUAAUGCCCUGAGAGGAGGACUAUGGCAUUUCCAGUGAGGGACCAUUCACUUUGCUUAGCCAGCACAAAACACUACGGGGAGAGAAGUCCUGGACUAAUAUGGAAACACGUAUAAACUGGUUCUGGUCAGGGGCUGCUUCAACCAAGCUACAGUGUACUGACUCUUGAAA